CACUCAAACUCUGAGUUGCAGGAGCAUCUUCUUUUUUUACGACUUGGUUUUUGGCCACCUUAAGGCUCUAUAUAAAAGGUCCAUCCGAGCACAAGAAUUUAUUUCAGUUUUCAUCUCGUGCCUAAUACGCCAACACGAUGUAUUCAUUAAAGGCUCUGUCCUUGCUCCUUCUGGUGGGAGCGGUCGCUGCGCAGUACAACUACCAGAAACCUGAGGCUCCAAAAAAUACCUACCUGCCACCCACCACGACCAAGCCUAUCCUCUCCCAGGAACAAAUCAAUGCUGAAGGACUUAACCCCGAUGGAGAACAUGAGCCUGGAAUGCCAUUUGACUUCACCUAUGCGGUUAAGGAAGAUGACGGCAACGACUUUUCCCAUCAGGCUCAAUCUGAUGGAGACGUCGUGAAAGGUGAAUAUCGAAUCCUUUUGCCUGACGGCAGAACGCAGGUCGUCAAGUACACUGCGGAUUGGAAAAACGGAUACAACGCUGAGGUCACAUUCGAAGGCGAAGCUGUCUACCCAGAACCUGCCCCAACUCGUCCUCCUGCCCCACGCCCUCCACCAACGACUAGACCACCCCCACCACGACCAGUCCCCACGACCCGUCCACCACCUCCCCCAAGGCCACAGCCAACUACCAGACCACCUCCACCACCAAGGCCAACCCAGACGACUCGAAAUCCUUAUGAAAACCAGGAGGAUAACGAUUCCCAAGGCCUUCGACCAACUCCUACAACUGGAUACAACUACCAACCUCCAACCACGAGACGUCCACCACCUCCCCCACCAACUACUAGACGUCCACCACCCCCACCACCAACUACCAGACGAGCACCACCCCCACCUCCACCAACCACGACCAGACGGCCUGCUCCACCCACGACCAGACCACCCCCUCCACCCCCUCCAGUCGGCUUGUACGGCACCCCCGAUCAACCAUUCGGCGUCAGGAACAACCCUAAAUUCGGAUACAGCAAGUAAAAAACUUGCCUAAACACUCUGCUGCAGAGCAGUGAAAUGUGAUUUAACUUGGACCCACCAUUAAACAAUUGGAUUUCAACGACAUGUUUCGAGCUUCACAAUAACACAAAAUUCGAAUCAACACACAAGGUCCACAUUACUCCUACUCUAACUACUGUACACUCAACACUACAUUACUUACACAUGCACAUAACACAUAGAAACAUGCCAUCAUCGGAUUAAAUAAGCUAUUGUCAAAUAGGCUCUUCUAUUUUGUACCCUACAUUGUAAGAAUAAGACUUAUUUACUUGUUGUUUUUAUACAACCAUGUCCAGAGAUCUUCUUCUUCCUUUGCUCGCUUAUUAUUCAUCUAUUGUCAUUUCUCAUCUAAUAGAUCCUACUCUACUAAAUAUAAUAUUCCGCAUAAUCACCUACACAACUACUAAAUUCUAGUCUGCUAUAUAUUCCUUUUCAAUCUUCGCUCAUGAAUCCGGUUACUAACAUUCCCUUCUCCAAUCCCUCAGAUUUUCAUGUCAUUUCAAUACCUCCCUUUCCAAACGCUUAUCAAUUGUCCAACAACAACUCAAUUUACACUUGCACACAAUCAUAAUACAUACAUAUAUUAAGAUGAUAUUAUAUCUUAUUACAUAGCAAUUGAACAAUAAAGAUUUUAUAAAUUGUAA